UUAGUUCACACUUGCAGGUACCAGUCACAGACGGUAUUCAGGUUUACUGGAUCUGCUCAAUAGAAGCCCAUGCAACCCUAAAAUUCUCCAGAAAAGCAGAAAUAAUGGCUGAUCAUACAGAUGAUGUGGCUAUGUCCUCCACUGCUGAGUCCAUCCAGGCUCUUUUCAAAGAGACGAACAGCCAGCACACCACAGAUAAAGCAAUGCUAAGGUGGACUCUUCAGAAGACGGUGGAGACCCAUCCAUCCUGCAGCCUUUUAUUGAUCAGAACGCUGGUUGAAGAGCUGCAGAAGAUUAAGCAGAUUCACACAAAUCAGCCUUUUGUGCAUGUAAUCCCCAUGCUGCACACUCUCUACUAUGCAGUUCUUCAGUCAGGUGCAGUGAUUCCUAGAUAUCUGUACCAGACAGUGUGUGAAUGUUUGAUGAAGCUGCUGAUAUUACCGUUGCCUUACUCUGCAGUGGCCCUGAGCACACUGAAGAGCAUCAAGAUGGAAAUGACCACACCAGGGUCUUUAUAUCAGAGGAGACUCAUUGCAGAGCAGAACCUAAAGAAUGACCACUUAAGACUGCAGGAAAGGGUGUUUGUGCUGGCAGAUCCAGCUGUAUUUUCUGCCCCACUGGAAGCGGCAGUGAGAGCUGACUUAGAAGCAUCCAAUUCUCUGAGGGACACAACAACUCAGAAGAAACGCCUGGUGCUGCAUUUGCUGCAGACGGGGCUGGGGUCGGACUGUCAGAGCUCCAAACUGGCUCAAGCUCUUGGGGCUUUAGGGGACCAAAGUGUAGAAAAAUAUUUCCAGGAAGCAGUUCUAGCUGUGGAGCAGAGUGUAAAGCAAGGCGCUGGAGGCUGUACAGACUAUAUGAACAAACUGCAACACAUUUACACAAAUAUCCUGGCUGCCACUAAAGAAGAAACCAAAAGCAAUGAUGACUCUGAUUAUGAAACUGUAUUGCCCAAUCCAGAAAUCAGCUUCCAUUUGUGGCAUGAUGAGGAAGAUUUAUGGAAUCUUUUGGCAAACUUCACCCUCCGUUCCAACUCUAACUCUAGUGUUGAUACGGAAGAAAAGGAAACAGGAGACGAUAAAAUGGACAGAGAAGAUGACUUUGGCAGCGUGAAGAAGCCUUCACUUAAAAAGUCUACCUCAUUAACCAGUCGAAGAAAUGCCUAUAAGAACCUAAAGCUGGGAAAUAAACUGAAGCUACUGAGAGAGAAGAUUGAAGACUUUCCUGGAAACACUCCUGUUCUUAAAGAGGAGUUGAGUCACACGGCCCGGGUCAUGGUAAUGGGUGAUGAUCGUGUGCUGGGGAGGCUGGCCAAGGCUUUUUACGCCAUACGAGAUAAAGAGUCAAAGCGUUUUACUUUGACCAAGAAGCUGAACUUGCAGUUGUACUACAUUCCAGUUACUAAUGUGGAAACGUCACUCAGUUCAGCUGAGGAAGACACACUGUCUCUGGCCUCUUUGUUGGGAAGAGUCGAUCCUUGGUAUGACUGCAACAUCAACAUCCUCCAAUCGACCAUCCCAAAACUUGAUGAAAUGCAAACAAACCUCGGUGGACCAUUGAAGCAAAACUUCUUCCUCCUGGACACAUUGUGUUACUACAUUCGCUGUGGGACGCGGCCUGUUAACCUGCCACUAUAUACUGUUAAGAUGAUCCGCUCCAGUUCUGAUGUCAGCUCUAAGGUGGAGGAGGUGUUUGUGUCGAAUCUGGAGGCGCACAUCCCUGAGUUCAGACACAUUAAGGAAAUAAGUUUAAAGAAAUCAUCUGCACGCAAAAAGACACCAUCGGCGAAAAUCGUUGGCGGAAUCUUGUCAGUUAAUCACAUAAAGAGCUAUGCAAGCAAACGAGAAAGUAUAAAGGGAGCAGUACCCAUGACCUGUGGGCUGAUGAUCACAUCUGAACCAGAUCUAACAUCAGGUGAGGAUUAUCUCACCAUCAGGUAUGACAGUGUGAUCCCAGGAGAAAACACAGAGAUCCGAACGAAAAGUAUUUCCAUAAAAACUUUGGAGCAUCGAACACUCACUGUGUGUCUGGACAAGGACUCUCGAAAGACAUAUAAAGAUAUCCAAAGAAUUGAAAUCUCUCCAUGCUUGGACCCAGGAUGCAAAAUCCAGUCCAGGUUCAGUGCAUCAAGUGACCGAGAGCUGCCUCUGAGCAAAUAUCUGGACCAAGUCCUAUCCCUUCCAGUCAACACUUUCACUGGUGUGACCCUCUGAAGGAUCUGAGCUGCACAGGACCCCCCAUUCUGUACAUAGUGUUCAGUAUCAUACUCUUCAUUUUGUUUAAAAUAAUCUGUUGUUAUUGUUAUGUUAAGUUUUGGGCAGUUUUAUGUUGUGUAUUCAGAGGUGAGAAAGAGCAGUGGCAGCUGGGGAAAUAUUUUUUGGUGGGGCGCAGUAUGAAAGUUUUCAGAUGCGCUAUAACCACAUGUCGCCACUAGGAUACGCCAUAGCACAUCCACCACUACUUUAAAAUAUUAAUGAAAUUAAAAUGAAAAUGCACAGUAUGUAUUUUCAGUCGUUUAUUUUUUAUAUGUAAAUUUCCCCCAUCUAUCCUUCAAACAUGUACAUUUUUCUGUGAGUCUAUUGUUAAAGCCAGGCAUGUCCCUGACAUGUGUCUUUUCCACCGAUAAUAUGGCCAAAGUAUUUAGACCAGAGGUGAAGGUAGAUCGGAUGGCGUUAAAAAAAACCAGAAGAUAGCCUAUGGGCUAAAUGACAUUGUUGUUACAAUAGUGAGUAGUAUUACCUACUAAUCUAUCUGCUGAUAGGCUAUAAAUAUAUAGUGUACGUACAUCAUAUUGUCAUUUUAAAAGUAGCUCACAAGCUGAAAAAGUGUGUUCACCCCUGGUUUAGACGAUCUUAUGACAUUGCAUUUUUUCUGAGAAAGGUCUUGAUCCUUUUGGGGAUGUGACGUUUACCCCUGUGGGUGGUGCUUGGGCUCUCCUACCUCUUGUAUUCAAGGGGGGUCUACUGCACAUGCACCAUUUAUAACAAGAGUCUGUGGUAAAGGGAGAGUCCUCUGGCACAGAUUUUUGCGCCCCAAACAGGAAACACUUGACUUGACUACCCACAAAUGACCAAAAAUAUUUUAAAACUACACUUGAAUGCAAAUUAUACACAGUACUCAUGGGCUGUAUCAUGUACAGCUCAUUUAUUGAAAUAUUAAUGUUUUUGUAGAAUUAUUUUAUGUGAUUCCUAUCGUCCUCUUCUUUAUGUGAGACAGCACCCCCUACUGAUGGGUUAUCACUGGCAAAGCGGUUUGUAAAAAAAAAAAAAAAAAAAAAAAGAAGAAGGCUU